AUUUAAUUCAGAGGAGAAAAUGUCAUAUUCGGUUUUGAAUGUGUGAUACUUAGGUGUUUUGGUGGUUUUAGGAGCACUGGUACUGAAUUUCAGGAUGAUUGUGCCGGUUAGGAGGAAGAAAGGGUAUGUUGUAUGUUGGAUCAGUGAGAGAAAGAUGAGAGAUUUGAAGAAAAAGAAGAAGUCUUCUUCAAAGAUGGAUCUGAAGGAAGUUAUGAGUAUCUCUCUAGACCAGAAGGUUAUGGACAAACUUAAAGUUGACACCUGAAGUUCAGUAGACUUACGCAAACUUUCCUCUUAUAAAGAUAACACUCUUAAACCACAUCCUACACAGCAUGUUUGGAGGACACAAGGUCUUCUUCCAAUGAAGCAUCAGAAUCUGAAGUGAUUUACAAAUAUUGGAAGGAAAGAACUAGGAGAGAUUACGAAGAACAACACUCGGUGGAAUUCGCUUAGUAGAAGUUCCUCUCAACAACAGAGGAUCCAGAGCCAUAUAAUCAAUACAAGUUCUGCUAAAUUUGAAGACCUUGAUACAAAAUGUCAAAGUGAAGAUUAUGAGAGGAGGAAAUUUGAGCCUAAGAAAAUGACUCGCAAGGUGAGGUUCUCCCUCUAGGCCCUUUGUCAUAAC